CAAACAAUCACAACGCACUACGCUUAAUUUAAAGGUUAAGUUUUAUAAGAUGCAAGUUUUAUGAUACCCUGUCGUCUUACAAAAUGAAAACCAUAAAUCAAUAUAGAUGAGCGUUGUACAAUAGGGUCAGAUGUCAUUGUCAUAGCAGUCCAUUGAUAAGUACCGCAUUGUUUCCUAUCAAGUCUUUCAUAACUAAACAUGACACCAUUCAGAUCCACGCUACGGAAGCCGGGGUCAUUUUUUGCUGGCAAUGCGGAAUGAUUACGUGCUAAAGAUCAAGUCAUUUUACUAGAAAUCUGGUUUAUGCCUAGUCUACUGAUGCAAAGUGUCGGGUUAUGUCGUGUUAAUAUAGUAAAUAAGAUAGUUUUAAGAAUGUCUUCCACUCAGUUGACAUACGAGGAUGCAAUUCAAAAGUUAAAUUUGUUACAAUCAAAUAUAGCAACAAUUAAGCAGAUCCGUAAAGACAUUAAGGCUGGUCAACAAAAUACAAAUCUUCAAGAUAUGAAUAAUUACCUCAUGCGAACAGGUGUAACAAUGCAUAUGUUAGAUCAACUUUCUGUAAUACACGUGGCUGGCACCAAAGGAAAGGGUUCAACAAGUGCAAUGUGCGAAUCUAUAUUACGUGCGUACGGUUUUCGCACAGGGUUCUACUCGUCACCGCAUUUAGUGGCAGUGCGGGAACGCAUCCGUCUCAAUGGGCGAAUGCUUUCAAAGUGUCAAUUUGCUGAAUAUUUCCAUCAAGUUUAUGAUGCACUAUAUGAAUCAAAGACAGUCGAUGGGGACAUGCCGAAGUAUUUUUCCUUCUUAACGGUGUUAGCGUUCAAUGUGUUUCUUAAAGAGAAAGUUGAUGUAGCCAUUAUUGAGGUGGGAAUUGGAGGCAUUGUAGAUUAUACUAACAUUUUAAGGAAAGUUCCAGUGGUCGGUAUCACAUCUUUGGGUUUAGAUCACACGUCAAUAUUAGGUAACACAUUACCAGAAAUAGCCGCUGCUAAGGCUGGUAUUAUGAAACCGGACUGCGAAGCGUACACCGUGCAGCAACCGCCGGAGGCAAUGGCCGUACUACGAUCGGUCGCAUCUAAUGUGAAGUGCUCUCUAACUACAAUUCCCGAAUUUAACACAUACAAAUUUCAAAAUGGCUGUAAGAUUACUAUAGAAAUAGAGGCUUACAGAAUAAACGCUUCCCUAGCCAUACAACUGUCGCACGCUUGGAUGCGCAAGGCGAGACAUACCAUAAACAAUUUAAAUAAUCAAGAGAACAGUGAUAUGACAAAUAAAUAUAUUCAUAAUGACAAGAAAUGUGUAUUAGUGGAUACGUUGACCAAAGAAACUGUAAUUGGAUUGAAAGAAUGCAAGUGGCCUGGAAGAUACCAAGUUAUAAAAACGGAUUAUGCAAAAUUCUUCCUAGACGGAGCUCAUACAAAAGAAUCUAUGGCCAUAUGUGUGAAGUGGUUCGAAGAAAAUAACAGGGAUCACACCAAAGUUUUGAUAUUCAGUGCAACUGGAGAUCGAGAUGCUACAGUUCUUCUGAAACUUUUAGCUGAUAUUGAUUUUGAAGAUGUAUUUUUCGUUAUUCCGAAAGCGUAUAAAGAAGUAACGAAGGCAAAUGAUAAUUAUUCAAUAUUAGAACAAAGAGAAUUAUUAUUAAAAUGUGACAAUCAUGCCAUGACAUGGAAGCUAUUCAAUGAGAGGUCAAAAGUCUCCACACGAGAGUGUGUGUCUGAUGUUCUUCAAUGUAUUACUAAGAAACCUAAUGUUUCAGUCUUAGUAACUGGUUCGCUUCAUUUAGUUGGAGCUGCACUUUCAAUUAUAGAUCCUAAUCUCAGUGAAGAUGUAUAACAUAUUCAAAGUAAAAAUCAUGUGAUAUUUAUCGAAUUUAUGUUUUGUAACAAAAUAAUUCAUGUUAUGUAAAAAAAUAAAUCAUUAUUAUAUUA